AUGGAAACAACUAGAGAAGAAUAACUCGAUCAUAGUCAAAACACUAUCUUAAGUGGAGUGUAUAACGUGCAAAACAAUAAUAAAUUCAAAGGGUUGUAUCUUUAACCAGUCCAGACUACUAGGAACCUGCAGAAAUUCAUAAAUCAAACUCAUGGUAGUCAUUUAAGAAAUUAUUCUUCCAACUCAAUUAUGAACUCUAACAGACAAUAGCAAAGAUCUUUCAUUCCUUCAUCAGUCAACCUCAAUUUCAUAAACCAAAGUCUUUAUUAACAACUUAAGGAAAAUCGGAAAGAGCUACUUCGCAAUUAAAGACAAUUGCUAUCUUUAUAGAAAUCUACUAAGAGAGCAUUAACUUCGCAUAAAUCAAUAGGACUCAAUUCUAAUGGAACUUAUGGUACUAAUCCAGAAAACAGUCUUAAGAUUAGAACAAGGAACGAAUAUUCAAUUGAUAGAAGUCAAGAAUUAAGUGAGCAUCAUCAUUAUUUUAAGAAAACAGAACCAGCUAGAUAAUCUUAUUAGUCUGUUGAUUCUUAAGCUCUUCUCUUGUAGACUGAUCUCAAUAUUUCUCAUACUUAAGAUUAAAAAUCAGAGGACCUAUCUUAAAUUGAGAAUUAGGAAUCUGCUUAGGAUAAUUCUAGAAGAAGAGAUCCAAAUUCUUUAAAAAAUAGAAACAGAGGGAGCAUGAGAAAUGUAAAUAAAAUUGAAAAUAACCUCAAGCCUGAGUAAAAUAAUACUUUUUAAGAUUCAUUGAAUGUGCUCUAAGAUUAGCAGGAGCAAUUUAGGUUGCACAUUAGAGCAACUUCAAGGAUUAAUAAGCCUUUAAUUAAACCUCAAUAUCAACUUUAAAUUUCUAGAGAUUAAACAAAAAAUAACACGAAGCAAAAUUAAACACAUAAUUAAGAUGGUUAAUUCUCCAAUACAAUGAAAAUAUAAAGCAAUUCUAAAAUAAAUGUAAACUAGAGCUAUGAUCAAGCUCUAUAAAUUGUUGAAUCUAAGGAACAAUUAAACGUAAAAGGUAGCAUUGCAAAUACAAACAGUAUAAAGAACAGAAAUGCUGAUAUUGGAUUUCCUUCAACUAUGAGAGUUAAAAAUGAUCAAGCAAGAACUAAUCUCAGACUAGUUUAAAUUGAAGAAGAUGAGUCUGGCCCGGCUAUACAGGAUAAAAAUAUUAAAACUAGUCCUAGAAUUACUAAAUUCGGUGUGAGAAAGAAUGAAACCUCUAGAUUUGAAAGGUAACACUCAAAUGUCUCAGGCACAGAUAAAAGUGACAAUAUAUCAUCAGAAUAAAGAUUUAUGAAGUUAAUGAAGUUUGAUAUUGAUUUUGAAUUCGACAAAAUCAAUAAGAUGAUGAUCAAAUAAAAGUAAUAAUCUUAGCAUCAAGUCACUUCAUAAAACAGUCAUUAUCAACAAUCAAAUAAUGACUCUAACAGGAAUCGCCAACAAACUCAAGCCUCUAGAAGAGUAAGAUUUGAAAUUUAAAGUAGUCCUUAACAAAAAUCCUCGUACAAAGAAUAAGAUAAUUAGAUUAUGUCAUAACCAGACACAUGA